AUGGAGAUGGGCGUGGAUGAUGGCCUAGGCGAGGGCGAAAAUGCUGCCGAUGGAAGUGCGGGCGACACGCAGGAGGUGAAAUCUAUAGAAAUCAACGUGCAGGUCAUCAAAACAUUCUUCACGACCACUAUUUCCCUCUACGAACGUCUGGUUAAAAAGUCCUGCAAGAGCUGCAACCUGAUGGAAACCGAUGAGUUCAUCGCCCUGCACACCACGCUCUGCGAGUUCACCAAUCUCUUGAAAAUUUUCAACGUCUCAUUUGACCGAACGCUAUUCAACAACGUAAUCACCAUCAAAGACGAGGAAAGAACCAAGUAUGAUAUUGUGCAAGUAUGUGAAAGUGUGGAAGGGAACACUUCCACUAGUGCCACUGGUAGCACCAAAUCAUUUCCCUGUUUGGUCUCCUCAUGUCAUCUUAAGUACUGUUCGGAAGAAGCAUCCCGUAUUCACUUUCUGAAAAAUCAUUGCAAAAAAGCUGAAGCAUUUGAAGCUGUACCUCACGACACAUGUACUGAUCAACUGGGAACACUUGAUUUUUCUCAAAUCAAACGUGAUUCUGAGGGCCGAUACGUUUGUGAAACUGAGGAUUGCAACUACCUGUCAGCAGAUCGCAGUAAUUUCAAAGUACACUAUAUGCGACACAAUGGAAACAAAAAGUACAUCUGCUUUGUUUGUUCAAAAAGCUUCUUCACCCGAGAUCCGCUGAUGAUUCAUUUUCUGAGACUUCACAUGAAGGAAAUCGACUGGAGUCUGGCAGCAAAGGAUAUUCGCGAGCUUAGAAAAAGCGUCAGACGACUGACAUGUCCUUCCUAUUACGGACUAGCUUCUAAUGAUGACAUUAACGACUCUGACACUGAUCUAAUCGGACCGCUGAACGAAGAGAAUGUUGUUCUUGACGCCUUCAUAUCACAGGCCAUCAGUGAAUACCCUGAAGUAGAAAGAACAGAGGAAAAAGAAGAGCUGCAGUCUGACCAGGAAACAAUCGAUGAGAACGGUGCUUCUAAUGCAAAUGAAGAAGGUGAACCGGUGAACUCCUUCAAUGUUUGUCUCAACCUUAAGGAUAAUGACAUUUUUGCCGAUUCGGUUACCUUUAAAGCUGAAGGCGUCUCUUCCGGUUUGAACGACAUUAUUACUAAAAGUCAGGAGCCAAACAGUGGUAUCAAAGCUACAAUGUCCCUCUCCGCGACCAAAGACGUAAUGGUGAACAAGGAGAUUAAGCAAAGAGCUAAAAAGUACAAGUGUCCUCAUAAGAACUGCCAUCAGGACUUUUUCACAAAGAAAAAUCUCAUCAUUCACAUGAAGGCUUCGCACGACCCGACCAAUCCACUACCGUGCCAGGAGCCCGGAUGCACCUGUCGAUUCAAAUCACAAGCCCUCUUGGCGCAGCACCAGAAACGGCAUCGUGUGUCGUACAACUGCAAAGUGUGCUCGUACAAAACUCACCUGGCAGCGCUGAUGACCCGACACAAUCGCCAGCACGCUGGCACUCAUCUCUUUCAUGAAUGCGCAGAUUGCCAUGAGAAAUUUGAGUUUCUAGGUGCCUUGAGUUCGCAUCGUCGGAAGAUGCACAAUGAAAAGGAACCGCUGCUGUGUGACUGGACUGACUGCGGCAAGAGAUUCAAAACGAUGAUCGGCUUGAACAAGCACCGGCGAGAGUUUCACCUGAACAUGAAGGCGGAGAUCAUGUGUGAGUGGCCCGACUGCAAGUCGGUGUUCUCCAACCGCACUGCAAUGAACCAUCACAUGCGUAUUCACACCAACGAGCGACCGUACCAGUGCGCCUGGCAGGACUGUGGAAAGUGUUUUCGCCUGAAGGAGACAAUGAAGCGACACGUCAAACUGCACCAGGGCUUUAAGCCCUAUCCCUGUCCCUUUGACAAGUGCGAUCGAGCUUUUGUUACCAAGCGAAACAUGAGAAUGCACAUUGAAAAGAUUCACCUCAAACCGUCUUCUCGCGUUCGGCACACAGUUGUGUCUAUGACGCAAAAUGAGGAGGAGGACAUGGAAGAGAUUGAAGAAAUGGAGGUUCCCGAUUUACUUAAAAAGGAACUCUAG